AUGUCAGAUGUAGCACCGAUGUUAUGCGAUAAUCCCAGUCCUCAACACCUAAAACUUCCUCUUCGAUCUAUUCGAACACCUUCACCACCACGCCGUCAUGCUUCGCCCAUCAACAGUUCUAGCUCUCAUUCAACCUCUAAAACCGCCAGACUUGUAACGGCUAUUCAAAUGGGACAUACCAGGUGUCUUCGAAAGUAUAUUAUCGACCUUCUAGACGAAUAUUCAAACCAGAAACCAACUUCUCCCUCUCUCCGUCUUAAGAACAGUAUUCUCGAUCGCAGAGAAAUUCCACCUCGACCUGAUUAUGAGUGGAUUACAGCAAAAAAGCGAUUAUUUUACAAUGAUCAAGGAAGCAGUUAUAUAACAGAUUUUGAGCAAACCUCUAGCCCUCUUUUAUGGGCCGUGGAUUGCCGAGAAUGGUCAUGCUUACGUCUAAUGUGUACAAUACAAGCGAAGGAACAAGAUAAAUCAGUGGAUGAGUGUUCGAGUACAUUUCAAGGGGCUGUAUACAAUCCCAGUCAACCCCAACCAGUAAGAAGGCGUGUACUUAGUACCAUUAGUUCAAGAUAUCCAAAUUCUUUGCUCACUUCACAAAACUGUAUCUGCUGUGCUCCAGAAAGCAGUCCAAGUCGUCUUGGUGAUAUCGGUUCUGUCCAUCAUGAGGAUAUUCCUGCUGAACUAAAAAAGAGGCUUCGUCCAUUAGCUACUCUGAUGCUAAGCGUAUCUUUUUCCAACCUUUAUAGCACUGUUAACAAUUUUGACAUCAGCAAUAAUGUAACCCCUACUAGUCCUACCUCCAGAAGUUUUCUUGACAUACGAUCGUGGAAAUCUGCUCAGAACAGCCCGAGAAGAGAGAUGUCGCCUUCUAGUAGGUCUCCUUUUUCCACAACUACUAAAGCCGCAAACUCGAUUGUACUUGUUGGUAACUUAAAUACCAAAAAGCAAUCUUCACGACAAUGGAAAAGACCAACACCAUAUCGAGCCUAUUGGAAUCGUGGCUCCUAUACCUAUCAGUCUGUUUUGGAUUACUUCUUCGCAACUGGAUUUGAAAUAGUAGGUACACAUUGUGUGACUAGACAAUAUACGAAAGAAGAUUGUGAACACUGCAAUCAGGAUGUUGACCAUUCAGAUCAUCCUAACUAUCCUACUGGACCGCUGGACCCAAGAAACGGUUUAUUUCAUGAACAUUUUAGUCAACUUGAGCGAGUUAUUCAGUCAUCUGGUGUGUCUGCAAACCGUCUAGACUCAGUAAUGGCGUUCAAUGCCCUGGCAAUUAGCGCUGGACGUCGAUUAGCUGGAUGGUGUUGCCAUGGUGCAGAAGACGAUGCUACAAUCGGAACCAAUACUGAUGAACCACUGAUUGAAUGGCGAAUUCUCUCGACAUUAAUUGAUCAUGGGUUAAAUGAGUUUGAGUGGCUAGAAUUUCUUUCUCCUCAACAAAACUUUAUUGGUCAUGCUUUGUGUGUCCUCGCAUAUCCAAUUCAUGGAUGGAGUCGAGCUGAAGCCACGAGUUUGGCUAAUCAUCAACCAAAGAAAGCAUCUAGAACGUUUCCCGGCUUAAACAAGUCUGGAAGUCGAAGAUUUCGAAGAAGAUCAUCGUCACCUUUGGGACGGGACGGAAUUAAUAGCCAACUGCCACCAGCACCACUUGGAGCUGCACUACGACGACAAGCAUGUCUGUUAUUAAUAAAUCUCUGGUCUCUUGGUGCUUUCACAUCUCAUCAUAUCGUCAAUCGUAGAAAUGGAGGGAGUACCGUUUCAAGCAGUAGAAUUUGGGAUCGAAGGUCCAGUGCUCAAAGGAGUCACAGCUAUACUGCUACCAUGGAAGGUGGUGAUCUUCGUCGGAUUAUGCUGAAAACUUUAUCUUCUCGAUCGGAUCAAAUGCAAAUGGUAAGCAAUUAA